UUUCUCCGAUGAUUUGGGUCCCGAAUCAGUUGGUUGGAGCACCGGCUGGGACGGAUGUAACGAUCGAUUGUCACACUGAGGCCUAUCCAAGGGCCAUAAGUUACUGGGUCUACGACAACGUGAUGCUUCUGCCUACCAAGAAGUACGGCACCGAAACGAUGGAGAACAGUUACAGGGCCCACAUGAAGCUGACGGUGCGCAACCUCCAGGUCGGUGACUUUGGCAACUACAGAUGCAUAUCGAAGAACUCCCUUGGGGAGACCGAAGGAUCCAUCAGGCUUUACGAGAUCCCGAUGCCAUCAACGCCGCCCAGAGCCACGGAAAUGAAAAGCAGUUCAAAUAAAGAAAACACGGGGAAAAGGAACGUCAGCAGGCCGAUAGGGCAGGACGACCGGCCAAAGGUUGUGAUGGUUUCAUCGUCGGACAAGCGCGAUUUGCAGCCGGGCCCUGUUGUGGAUAACGGCCUCAGCCUGUACACGCCACCAGGCCCUCAGGCAUCAGGUAUUAAAAAAAAUAACAAAAACUUAGCACAACCUAGCAAGUCGCACCUCCACCUAUUCUCUCUUAUUAUUACUUAACACCACUACUUUCCAAAAAAUAAACAACUGUUCUGCACGGCUAUCCUCCACCUGCACCCCAAAUCUGAUCAUC